AUGGCUGGUUUUGGUGGUGCGGGUAUUACUCUUGCAUCAAUUAGUAAAUAUUGUUGCAAAAAAGACCCUGUUUCAGGGCAAGAUACUUUCCGUGACUGUAGAUGGUCAUGCGUUUUAGCGAGUAUCAGUACUCUAUUAGUAGUUGUUGGCGCAUCUUUGGCCACAGGAAACUGGCCUACUGAAGGAGCAAUAGGUGGACUAAAUCAUAAUAAUAAAAGAAAUAUUGAUUAUAAAAACUAUACUUCUAUUAAUAAAAUGAUAGAGAAUUUUAAUUCUAUUGGUUUAACAGUCCAUGAUACGUGGGGUAACAAUUAUUUUGAAAUUGGAGAAAAAUUAUAUGCAACAAAUACAUGGUUUAGGUUACAUGCACCUGGUUUUGGUCCGGUUGCAAAUAUUUAUAUUAGCCCUGAAAAUUCUUAUCUCACAACAACGCAUCCUAAUGAUCACAUGAAUAAUCCUCGAAAUAGAAAGUUGGUAGAUUAUACGGAGCGGUACGAUUCAUCAUUUUGGUUGGGUGGGGGUUUGAUCACCUCUUACUGUCGUUACAACAAAGGAGGUUCGGAUCUUGCUGCACCUAAAGAUACAAAUAUUAUUUUUCCGGCAAUAAACUCUCUUCAGCAUAUUUUUACAGAAGUUUAUGGCCCAUAUCACUGGAUUAUCAAUGAAAAUAACCUUUCAAACAGGCAUAUAGCAGAAGGAGUUUUAAGUUACUCUGAUACAUACGAUGGUACCAGGCCUGGCUUUCUGCCUACUGGUGGUAUCCCAUCUGUGUGUUAUGGUGACCACGACGAAUUAUAA